UGACUAUCAAUCAGUCAGCCACGCAAGGCUAAUCCUCUUUUCAUAACAUGGAUACCCCAAAGGAUAGUUUGCGGCAGCUAAGCACCGUCCAAAAAAGACGGGGGGAGGAUUUCUUUCAGAGGCCUCUUUCCGAAGCCGUCUUUCAUUUUGUUAAUGCAUCCCACCCAGAAGAGUUCAAAAGCAAAUCCACACAGAAGAGAAUCCGCGGCCAUGUGAUGACUGUCGAGGGCAGGAAACGGCGAAAAUUGCCACGGUUCAUCGCGUUGGAAAUCAACGCCCCUUCAAAACCUAGUCCAGCCUCUUCACUAUCGCACAACAACGAACCCUUCGACUUUGGUCGAGGCACAACAGCAUUAUCAAAACUUGUGCCUCACUCACUUACCUUUCAUGGAGCAUAUCCGAUCGAGCCAAAUGCAAGAGCUCGAGAGCUCAUCCACUUUAUGCAUACCGAGGGUGAUAGUCUCUUUCGGCCUUUCCGAUACGAGUGGCACGCGAUAGCACUAGUUGAUUCUAGUGCGUUUCACCUUUACCUGGCGAAUGCUGCCCUUUUUCUCUUCCAGGUCUCAAACAAGAGCAGUAUUGAGUAUGGAGAUUGCGUGGAGGCCGGGCAGUACUUCGGUACAUGCUUAGCUCAACUGGCUCGGAGAAUUGGAAAUCAGUCGGACAGCACCAGCCCAGGACUUAUCACAACCAUCCUGGGUCUUUUGUGUUAUAAUUCGUGUCGAGGCAGGUGGGACAUGACCCAGAUACACAUGGAUGCGCUGGAAAGAAUUAUGCAACUUCGUGGGGGCUUUCAUGGCCUCGAGAGUAACGUCUUGUUUUUCACGGCUUGGUUCGAUGUUUUGGUGUCAUCCUUCUAUGACACACUCCCGCGGUUUGCUGUGUCUAGUCAGAUAUCAGACAUUGCGCUGUCUCGAGGCACCCUAGCUCCAGACCUUCAAGCCAUCUUACACAGUCUACAGGAGUUCGAACAACUUCAAGGAAUCGCCAAAUGCCUAGAGAGGGUUGCUUGUCUCGCCAGCUAUGUGAACUCGAACUCCGAAAGGCCUCGAUUUUGGAGAAACAGCGUCGAAGCAGGAAAGUUGAUCAUCCCUAUUUCCCAUUCUUUACUAUCUCUGCCCAAAUGUUCAGAUGUCUCUGAAAGUCCGGAAAAGAACCCCGUUGAACUCAUUGAGGACAUGGUCAGGAUUGCUUUACUUGCUCAACUGGCGGCAUUGAAGAGAUAUUGUUCAUUGAUUGCGGAUGAGCUACCCGCUCUGCAGACUCGAUUUACAGCGCUUCUUGAUAUGGGAAGGACACAGUUUCCCAAGCUUGAACUAUGGGCUGUUGUAUCAAUGGCUUUAAUGAUGAAUGGUCAAAGAAAGCUCUACGUCAAAACGAUUUGUCAGCUGAUGAAGAGAAUGAGCCUUAGGGACGCAGAAGAGGCUGUCAAGGAUGUAAAGCGUGUCAUUUGGAUCGAACGAAUAAGCAGCCAAAACUCCCAGGCGCUUGAAGCGGAGAUUGAUGAAGAAUAUGCGAGAUGAGAUUUUCCGUCAUGCGAGCCUUGUUAAACUAUUUGAGAUGAUAAAACACCCAACGAACUAUCCUCCAGUUAUACCUCCACUUACGGAGAUGUAUUGGCCGGUUAUCCAUCUACUCUGUUCUGAUACCAA